CGUGCAUAUCCACCACAUGUGUGUCGUGGCCCGCCUUUUUUUUGCCUUCUUCUUUCUCUUGUCGCCGACCACGCGUGCUGUUGCUCUCAUUUCCCGCUUCUUGUUCCUCUUGUCGCGUGUGCGUGUGUGUUUUUGUUUGCAGGUGAACGUUUGUUUGUUCGAUCCCCACAACUAACCCCCCAAGAUGAGUGAGGCAGCCGUCGUGAUUGUGAAGCAGCCCGACAGCGAAGAGCUUGUCGAGGUCCCCGUGGACCAGGAUGGUUCCCUUCCUGUGGCCACGUUGGACUCGCAGUUUGCUGGUGCCACGGGUCUCAAGUUCAAGAACCCCGCCACGGGCGCGUACCGCGCCAUCCGCGUCGAAGACGGGAAGUUGCUCCCGCCAAACCCUGAGGAGGGCUGGGGCACUACCGUCUACGAGGUCGUCGUUUCCGAAACAAGCGUUGCUUCUCAGCAGGAAGGCCGUCCCGCCGCAGAGGAAGGACAGCAGCCCGCCGGUGGCCGCACCUGCUACAAAUGUGGCGGCCAGGGCCACAUUGCCGUGAUGUGCCCAUCACCGGAGGGUGCCAAGGACAGCCCAAGCGAGUCUGAGUGCCACCUCUGCCACGGAAAGGGCCACUUCCAGGCCCGUUGCCCCAACACCGUCCCACGCAAUGUGUGCUGGAAGUGCGGCAUGUACGGCCACAUUGGCAGGGAGUGCGGCGGCGGCAUGGGGUAUGCAGAUCCUUAUGCACCCCACGACCCCUACGGCCGUCCCCCAUACUACGGCGGCGGCGGCGGCUUCGACCGUACCUGCUAUGUGUGCGGUGAGCGCGGUCACCUCGCUGCCCGCUGCCCUCGCUCCACUUACAACGGCGAGAAGCUGUGCCACGUCUGCCGCAAGCCCGGCCACAUUGCCCGUGACUGCAAGCUGUGCCGCAUCUGCCUCGGUGAGGGUCACCGCUCGUACGACUGCCCGCACCGCGGCACCCACGGCGGCCACCACGGCGGCCAUCACGGCGGUCAUCACGGCGACUACUCUGGCGCCCCUGCCCGCGCAUCUCCCGGCCAGCAGGGCUAUGGCCAGGACCCCUACGGCUACUCGGCUUCGUCGUACUCGUACGGCCAGCCGCCCAUGCCAUCAGAGUACCAGUAGGCUGAUUCAUUGAUGACACGCGCCCCCCUUUUUUUGUUCUCCCCUCUUUCUUCCCCAAGCAGACCCUUUGCCGCCUGUCUUGUAAGCAGAAGAUGAGUGCGAGUUGAGAGAGGACGAGAGGAUGAGGAGGAACCGAGCUGUAAGUGAACGAGGGGUGGUGUGAAGCGAUGCGACGGUGGUGGUCGAGAUGAUGGAAGCAAGCGCGGCUGUUCACUGCCACGAUGAAGAUGGCGAUGGAGACGGUGAUGUGGAUGUCGUUGCUAUUGUUCGAGUUCAUCUGUCUGUGUGUUUGUGUGCGUGUGUGUGUGGAGUGGACGUUGACAUGGUGUGGGUGUCCUUUUCUGUUUAAGUGCCCCCUUUCCCCCUCCUUCCCCCCUUUGCUGUUGUGGAGUGAUUGUGAUUUGACCUGAGAGCGCGCCUCGCCACUCAAGCCGCCCGUGCAACGUUUUGUUUGUUCUCUUUUGCUUGCCGGGCUUGGCCUUUGGCCUUUGGUUCCCAGCGCCCCGUGUACGUGUGCGUCAUUUUGUGUGCUGGUCGCUGUUUGAGUUUUGUGUUGCUCUUGUCGACUCGAAGUGCUUGCUUGUCUUUCUCGUGAGGCUGCGGGUUCUUCGCAAGUGAGGCGUGAGAGAGUUACUUGUGUGUACGUAUCCAACAACAGCGCAACAACAGCCCUUAGUCCCUGUGUUGUGCAUAUCGUUUCAUUCAUCACAAAUACAACGCAUGUCAACAAAUGGGCA